UUCAGCGGAACAGACGCGGAAUAUUUCGCUCCGGAUGGCAAUAGCAUCGAAGUAAAAAGACCAGUGGCGAACGAUUUUGUGGAACCGCGGAAUGCAAAGCAAUUAAAGCUAAACACGAUCCCAGGCAGAUCAGCCUCAUCGGCAGUGCAUCUGGCAUAGCACCACAAUCUCCGUCGGAGCGGGAGUUAAUUACCCAGAGCCAAGAACCCAUUCGAGACCAUCUUUCCACACAUAUCCAUCGGCGAAACGAACUGCGGGCCUUUCGAUUUUUGGUUUCGCCCUGCGCGCGCUUUCUUAACUAUUAAUUGACCCCGCCGGUCAAUGAGUUUGGUGUAUAGGCGAUAGUUCGCAGUGAUGACGAUGACGGAGCCCCGCGAAGAUGUUCCGGCUGCAGACGCGGACGAUGCUGCGCCGGAGGCAAAGAAGAAGGACAAGUCCCAGGAUAAGGCCCCGCCGAUGAUCAGCUACACUCAGCUCUUCCGGUACAUCGGCGGAUGGGACUAUGUCCUGCUCCUGUCCGCCUUUGUGGCGGCCCUACUCCAAGCCCUGGUCUACCCCAUUGCCAUUGUGGUCUACAGCGAACUGGUGGCCAUGUUCAUCGACAGAACCCUGGGCCAGGGAACCAGUUCGGUGACCAUCGGAUUGCCCCUCUUUGGAGGCGGAAAGAUACUCACAAAUGCCUCUUACGAGGAGAACAUGCAGGAGCUGCGAAAGGAUAGUGUGUCCUUCGGCAUACUCAUGACCCUGAAUACUCUGCUGAUGCUUUUCUCCGGAGUUUACUAUGUGGAUGCCUUCAACAGACUGGCUUUAAAGCUCACAGUACGCAUGCGUAGGGAGUUCUUCAAGGCCACCUUGAGGCAGGAAAUCGGCUGGCAUGACAUGGCCAAGGACCAAAACUUUGCAGUGCGCAUUACCGACAACAUGGAGAAAAUACGCAGUGGCAUAGCCGAGAAUCUGGGUCAUUAUGUGGAAAUAAUGUGUGAGGUGAUAAUCAGUGUGGUUCUAUCCUUUAUUUACGGAUGGAAACUGGCCCUGGCCAUAGUGUUUUACAUUCCCCUUACGUUAGUGGUCAACUCGGCAGUGGCCCAUUACCAAGGAAAACUCACGGGUCAGGAGCAGAGUUCCUAUGUGCGGGCCAGCUCUGUGGUUGAGGAAGUAAUCGGGGCCAUCCGGACUGUGGUGGCUUUCGGAGGAGAACGCACGGAGUCUGUACGCUAUGAUACCCUCCUGAAACCGGCCCUCAAAGCUGGAAAAUGGAAAGGAGUCUUCUCCGGACUGAGCGACACGGUGAUGAAGGCCAUGUUGUUUAUCACAGGAGCGGGAUCGUUUUGGUACGGAGCCAAUUUGAUUCUAUUCUACCGUGACCCAAGUAUUCCCAUCAACGAACGCGAGUACACACCUGCGGUUGUGAUGAUUGUGAUAUCGGGAAUAAUCGUGAGCGCCAACCAAAUAUCCCGCACAUCUCCAUUCCUCGAGACCUUUGCCAUGGCUCGAGGCUCGGCAUCCGCCAUAUUGGACGUCAUCGAUCGCACUUCCCUGAUUGAUCCACUCUCCAAAGCUGGGAAAAUUCUCAACUACGGCCUGAAGGGAUCUGUUGAGUUCCGAGACGUGUUCUUUCGUUACCCCGCCCGAGAAGAUGUGAUUGUCUUGCGGGGUCUCAAUGUGGUCGUGGAAGAAGGACAAACUGUAGCCUUGGUCGGUCCCUCAGGCUGUGGAAAAUCCACCUGCAUACAGCUGUUGCAGCGCUUCUAUGAUCCAGUCUUUGGACAAGUUCUAUUGGAUGGUGAGGAUGUGCGGAAGUAUAACCUUAACUGGCUGCGUUCGAACAUUGCCGUGGUGGGUCAGGAACCGGUGCUCUUCCAGGGAACCAUUGGGGAGAAUAUCCGACAUGGAAAGCCAGAAGCCACCCAAAAGGAAGUCGAAGACUCCGCCAAAGCUGCCAAUGCUCAUGACUUUAUUAUAGCUUUGCAUAAGGGCUAUGAUACGGAUAUCAGCGAGAAGGGCGUACAACUUUCUGGAGGUCAGCGUCAGCGGAUCGCCAUCGCCAGAGCCCUGAUUCAGCAGCCCAAAAUUCUGCUUUUGGAUGAGGCCACCUCAGCCCUGGACUACCAUGCCGAGAAGCUGGUCCAAGCCGCUCUAGACAAGGCCUGCAAGGGUAGAACCACCCUGGUGGUGUCCCACCGCCUUUCCGCCAUCAGGCACGCUCAUCGGAUUGUUUAUAUCGAUAAUGGCAAGGCCGUGGAGCAAGGCACCCACGAGGAGCUGAUGAAGCUGGAGGGAUUCUACCACAAAAUGGUCACCGUGCAUUCCUAUGAUGAUUCUGCCGAGGAGCUACUGAACGAGCUGGAAUUAGAUGCCGAAAACAAGGAGAGAAAAAUGUCCUAUGAAAUCGAACAGUUCCAACUAGGCACACGUAACUCCAUCGUGUCGCUGGAGAAGAAUGCGGAGUUCCAGAUGAAGAACCUGAAUGGUCUAGCCAACCAAACUCUGAAUCAGGAAACAGAGGAACCGGGUCCAUCUGGAAAUUAUAUCCGUACCUUCUUUCGCAUUUUGGGUUGGGCCCGACCCGAAUGGAGCUUCCUCAUUAUUGGCGCCAUUUGUGCUGGUCUAUAUGGAGUCACCAUGCCUGUGUUUUCCGUAAUCCUAGCGGAAUUAUAUGGUUCGUUGGCCAAACCAACGGACGAGGAGGUUCUCGAACAGAGUGCCUCCAUGGCCAUCAUCUCCCUGGUGAUUGGAGUUGCAGCUGGCGUGGUCUGCUUCAUCCAGACAUUUUUCUUCAAUCUAGCCGGAGUCUGGCUUACCAUGCGAAUGCGCUCCAAGACAUUCAGCUGCAUCAUGCACCAGGAGAUGGGAUGGUUCGAUCGCAAGGAGAACAGUAUUGGAGCUCUUUCUGCCCGACUGUCUGGAGAUGCGGCCAGUGUUCAGGGAGCCAUCGGGUUUCCCUUGAGCAACAUCAUCCAGGCGUUUACCAACUUCAUAUGCAGUAUUUCGAUUGCCUUUCCCUACUCCUGGGAACUGGCCCUAAUCUGCCUGAGCACCUCGCCCUUCAUGAUAGCCUCCAUUGUGUUCGAGGCGCGAUUUGGGGAGAAGUCCGCUUUGAAGGAGAAGGCGGUUCUCGAGGAGACGAGCCGCAUAGCCACCGAAACCAUAACCCAAAUUCGAACGGUCGCAGGACUUCGACGGGAGGAGGAGCUCAUUAAGAUAUACGACAAGGAGGUGGAGCGAUAUCGGGUGCAGAUCCUCAGUCGUCUGAAAUGGCGUGGACUGGUCAAUUCCAUGGGCAAAUCUCUCAUGUUCUUUGGCUAUGCAGUGACCUUAACCUAUGGUGGACACAUGUGUGCCGAUGGAAAUAUCAAAUUCGAGACUAUUAUGAAGAUAUCCAACACAAUGCUGUAUGGCUUGUUCAUUCUGGCUCAAUCUCUUGCAUUUACUCCUGCCUUCAAUGCCGCUCUGCUCUCCGCCAAUCGCAUGUACGAGAUCAUCGAUCGCAAGCCAACAAUCCAAUCACCCGAAUCCUUCGAGAUCCAGCAGAACGGCAAUGGAUCCGCUUUUAAGGCGAAUGUGGUGCAACAGGGCGUGAGCUAUAGGGGUCUUAACUUUUCCUAUCCGUCAAGACCCCAUAUCAAAGUGCUGCAAAACUUCAAUCUGGACGUAAACCAGGGUCAGACGGUGGCCUUGGUGGGUGCCUCGGGAUCGGGAAAAUCAACCUGCGUCCAGCUACUGAUGCGGUACUACGAUCCCGAUGAUGGAAAGAUUCUUAUAGAUCAGGAGAGCAUCCACCACGAUAUGGAGCUGAAGACUCUGCGCCGUCGGUUGGGAAUUGUAUCCCAGGAACCUUCGCUCUUUGAGAAGUCUAUUGCAGAGAAUAUUGGCUAUGGGGACACCUCGCGGCAAGUGCCCAUGCAGCAAAUUAUUGAGGCUGCUAAAAUGGCCAAUGCCCACGAGUUCAUAAUGUCCCUGCCUGCCCAAUAUGAUACGGUGCUGGGCUCCAAGGGAACCCAACUAUCCGGUGGACAAAAGCAAAGGAUUGCUAUUGCGAGGGCGAUGGUGAGAAAUCCCAAGAUCCUGCUGCUAGAUGAAGCAACCUCUGCACUGGAUUUCCAAAGUGAAAGGGUGGUUCAGCAAGCCUUGGACUCGGCGUGUUCAGGUCGCACCUGCAUUGUAAUAGCUCAUCGCCUGUCCACCAUCCAAAAUGCCAAUGUGAUCUGUGUGAUUCAAGCCGGAAAAAUAAUGGAGCAGGGAAGUCAUGCUCAACUUCUGGCCAAGAAUGGCAUCUAUUCCAAGUUGUAUCGCAGUCAGACGAAAGCCUCUUGAGAAGACUUCUGAAAAAUGGCUUAGCACGGAAGUAUGCAAUAAAUAUUUCUUAGUUGUUAGUUGAGACACAAACCAAACUGUCUUCGACCGUAAGCAAUAAAACGUUAGGAAUAGUUGUUAAAUAAAUUAAUAUAAAGAUAAACAAGUA